GCUAUAUUUAGCCCUCCCCCGGGUUAUUUCGCCUGCCAGGCAGGAGUUUAUAACUGGCCGGGACAGCCCCACCUCCUUUCUGCUUUCUCUCCCUUCCCUUCCCUUGCUUUUCCCUUUCUUUUUUCCCCUUUUCUGCUCCUUUCCUCCCAUUUCCCCACCCGGCCUGACCCCCAUGCCGGCAGCACCCAGCUGUGCCGGCGGCCGCCGCGGUUUUGCCACGGGAGCGCGGUGAGCGCCGAGCCGCCGGCAUGGGGCCUGCCGAGGAGCUGGUGCGGAUCGCCAAGAAGUUGGAUAAGAUGGUGGCCAGGAAGAGCACGGAGGGGGCUCUGGACCUGCUCAAGUCCCUCACUGGCUACACCAUGACCAUCCAGCUGCUCCAGACCACGCGGAUUGGGGUGGCCGUCAACUCGGUGCGGAAACACUGCUCAGAUGAAGAGGUGGUGGCUUCGGCCAAAAUCCUCAUCAAGAACUGGAAGCGGCUGCUGGAGCCCUCCAGCACCCCGAAGAAGGAGAAGGAUGUGGAUGGGAAGAAGGAGAAGGACACAGACAGGGAGAAGGAGAAGAAGGGGAAGGGGCUGGAUUUUCCCAACUGCCCCAACGAAGGGGCGAAGCACCCCAGGGUCCCAGCUGAGAAGCACAGGGAAAAGCACAAGGAGAGGAAGCCCAGCAAGUCUGCUUCUUGUGCCACUACCCCCCGGGGCCACCCUGCCGAAACCGUCCCCGAGAGGUACCCACCAAAGGGCACAGGGACCCUUGCGUCCUCGAAGUCACCUCUGGAUGGCAAGAAAGAGCGGAGAGACUCUGCCGACUCCAGGUCCUCCAGCGCUUCGGCCGUGUCGUCCUCAUCCUCCCCACAGAAAAGACCGUCAGGGGAGAGACGAGCCUCUGUGGGCACCAGCCCCUCCCCAGCUCCCACCGGCUCCCGGAGAAACUCCAGUGACAGCAAAGAGGAAAGAGCCAACAGCAGCAAAGCCAAAGCAGAGACGCCGCGGACCCCCACCAGCCCCACCUUCUCACCCAGCCCCUGCCUCCUGGCCCCCUGUUAUCUGACGGGGGACUCGGUGCGGGACAAGUGCAUCGAGAUGCUGACGGCCGCCCUGCGCAUGGAUGAUGAUUACAAGGAAUUCGGUGUCAACUGCGAGAAGAUGGCCUCGGAGAUCGAAGACCAUAUCUUCCAAGAGCUGAAGAGCACGGACAUGAAAUAUCGCAACCGGGUGCGGAGCAGGAUCAGCAACCUGAAGGAUCCCAAGAACCCCGGUUUGCGGAGGAACGUGCUGUGCGGGGCCAUCGCGCCCGACCUCAUCGCCCGCAUGACUGCUGAGGAGAUGGCCAGUGACGAGCUGAAGGAGCUGAGGAACGCCAUGACCCAGGAGGCCAUCCGGGAGCACCAGAUGGCCAAGACGGGCGGCACAGUCACCGACCUCUUCCAGUGCGGCAAGUGCAAGAAGAAGAACUGCACCUACAACCAGGUGCAGACGCGCAGUGCUGAUGAGCCCAUGACGACAUUCGUGCUGUGCAACGAGUGCGGGAAUCGCUGGAAGUUCUGCUGACGGCGCCGGCGAUGGGGCUGGAGGGGACACGGCGUGACUCGAGGUGCUGCGACAGCCACAUCGUGGUGGGGAGGGAGAGUGACGGGGUGACACCGGUCCCCACAUCCCAGCGACCUGUUUCCUUGCACUUGAAUAUCCCAGGAAACCGGGCUCUUUGCCUGGGGUGACCCGGGAAAUCCCUGCCUUUUGCUGGGGUGUUGGGACCCCACAGGGAACAGACGCAUCCCUGGAGAGGGGGACUGGUCUGAACCGGGCAGCUCGUGCUUCCCUGGGGAAAAGCUGGACUUGGAUGAUUUGGGGUCAGGAGGGACGUUGCUCCGUGUUUGUGCAUCUGUGCCACUGUAUUAGGGGUGGGAAAGGGCCAAGUUUUACUCCCAAACUCCUUCUUCAUCAGUGGGAGGACACAGAGGUGGCAGCAGUGUCUGGAUGCUGGAAAGACGCCACCGUGUCCCUCCGCUCUCUGACACAUGCACCUGGCUGGAGGACGCUGUGCCCCAGGAAAGGAGAAAGGAUGAGCGGGAAGAGGAUGUGGAAAUCCCUCCAGCAAUAGAGCAAUAAAGGUGUGAACUGUC